AUGGGAGGGGCGGGCGGGCCCAGGCGCCUGUGCCAGCCGAGAUCCAGCCAGCGGCGGAAGGCCGGAGCCAGCGCCUGUGCGGCACCUCGAGCGUGGGGCCGGAGCCAGGAGCGGUGUCUCCGUGCCUUAAUAAUCCGUCACGGGUUUGAGUUCUCCCCACCAACCCUUGUUAUCAACACAAUGCUGGUGACAUGUGCUGUUUGCUGCUACCUGUUUUGGCUGAUUGCGAUUCUGGCUCAACUCAACCCUCUCUUUGGGCCGCAGUUAAGCAAUGAAACAAUCUGGUAUCUUAAAUAUCACUGGCCUUAAGGAUAUCUGUCCUCUGCUGCAAUUUAUUGACUAGGUAAAGAAGAGAUUUCCUCCAGAUGAAAAACUCCACUGACCCAAAGAUGCCCUUAAUGUAGUUGGUUGGAUACCAAGCCUGCAUUAAUGCCUUAACCUUUCUAUUGUGCUUCAAAUGGCUUGUUCGAAGCCCUGUAUUUUUUCCUACUACAUGAUUCAACAGUUUGCCUAAUGCAGUUUAUAAUCUUCUUCAGUACUGUAAAUUUUUGUUUGUUAACUUCAGAUGUGAUGAAAAUUUCUGAAGUUUUUAUGGGUCAUAGAGUCAGUUUUCCUGUUCAUGUUACUCCAUAGAAACACUGUAUAUAUAUUACAGGUCUUAGGUUGUCUGUUGCUGUGCUGUUCACCCCUGUUCUGUUUGACUGCACUUGAAA